UCUUGGGGGUGGGCGGAAGCGGAGGGGAUCCCGUCACGUGGAGAGCUUGCGGGGCGGAGCGGGGGGCGUUUCGGCGCUGCCGGCUACUGUCAGGGCUGCCUCCUCUUUAAAGGAAGGAGCGAAACCAGGGUGGCAGCGAGGGAGGGACAGGAGCUCAGGGAGGGAGGGAGCGAGCAAGUGACGGAGAGCCGGGCGGCGGACAAGGGCAGCGCGGCAGCCGCUGCUCCCGCUGGUGACGGGAGCCCGCGGGACCCGGUGCUCGGCUCUUCGCAGGGAGGCUGGGCUCAACUUUGUAGCUGGACUUGGAGCGGGGGAGGUUGCGGGGACCUCAGAAUGAGCCGCCAGCAGGGGAGUGUGUGGCUGGUGGUGGCGGCUUCACUCCUUCACGCAUCUCUGCAAGGCGAGUUCCAGAGGAAGCUCUAUAAGGAACUGCUCAAGAAUUACAACCCCUUGGAAAGACCGGUCGCCAACGACUCCCAGCCGCUCACAGUCUACUUCUCACUGAGCCUCCUGCAAAUCAUGGAUGUGGAUGAAAAAAAUCAAGUUUUAACCACCAAUAUUUGGCUACAAAUGUAUUGGACAGAUUACUAUUUACAAUGGAAUGUAUCUGAAUAUCCGGGUGUGAAGAAUGUUCGUUUUCCAGAUGGCCAGAUUUGGAAACCAGAUAUUCUUCUGUAUAACAGUGCUGAUGAGCGAUUUGAUGCUACAUUUCAUACCAAUGUUUUAGUGAAUUCUUCAGGACAUUGUCAAUACCUCCCUCCAGGCAUAUUCAAGAGCUCAUGCUACAUCGAUGUGCGCUGGUUUCCCUUUGAUGUACAACAGUGCAAACUGAAGUUUGGGUCGUGGUCCUAUGGAGGGUGGUCCCUGGAUUUACAGAUGCAAGAAGCAGACAUCUCUGGCUAUAUCUCCAAUGGAGAAUGGGACCUAGUUGAAAUUCCUGGAAAGAGGAGUGAGAGGUUUUAUGAUUGCUGUAAAGAACCAUACCCAGAUGUAACAUUCACCGUGACCAUGAGACGCAGGACACUCUAUUAUGGCCUUAAUCUUCUCAUCCCAUGCGUGCUGAUAUCUGCACUCGCCUUAUUAGUGUUUUUGCUUCCUGCAGACUCAGGAGAGAAAAUUUCACUUGGAAUAACGGUUUUACUGUCUCUCACUGUCUUCAUGCUGCUGGUGGCAGAAAUCAUGCCGGCAACAUCUGAUUCGGUGCCAUUAAUAGCUCAGUAUUUUGCCAGCACGAUGAUCAUUGUUGGUUUUUCUGUUGUGGUGACAGUCAUUGUUCUGCAAUAUCAUCACCAUGAUCCUGAUGGAGGGAAAAUGCCAAAAUGGACCAGAAUCAUCCUUCUGAACUGGUGCGCCUGGUUUCUGAGGAUGAAGCGGCCUGGAGAGGACAAGGUCCGCCCUGCCUGCCAGCACAAGCAGCACCGCUGUAGUCUGACCAGCGUGGAGCUCAACGCCAUGGCAGGGCAGCCCACCAGCAACGGGAACAUGCUCUACAUUGGCUUCCGCGGCCUGGAGGGGACACACUGCGUGCCUGCGAGUGACUCGGGCGUGAUCUGCGGGAGGAUGACCUGUUCUCCCACCGAGGAGGAGAAUCUCCUGCACAGCGGGCACACCUCGGAGGGGGACCCGGACCUGGCCAAGAUCCUGGAGGAAGUCCGCUACAUCGCCAACCGGUUCCGGGACCAGGACGAGGAAGAGGCUGUGUGCAACGAGUGGAAGUUUGCAGCCUGCGUGGUGGACCGCCUCUGCCUGAUGGCCUUCUCGGUGUUCACCAUCAUCUGCACCAUCGGCAUCUUGAUGUCGGCGCCCAAUUUUGUGGAGGCUGUGUCUAAAGAUUUUGCUUAACCCUAAAUGCGCUGGUUUUAGUUCUGUAAUGCUCGCUGUGUAGGAACUAUCUGGGGCAGAAUUCUGUUUGGCUUUGGAGGGAAUUUGGGGUGCUAAUCCCAUAACAACAUGGAACCCACACUGCACAAAUGUGUCAUUGUUAUCAUCAGUAUACUUGCGAUUUCUUAUCUAUGAUACAAGGAUGGAGUUUAUUCUAUCGGGUAGUCUGACAUGUAGAAUCUAAGACCUUUUCCAGGGCUGGAAGGAACUGGACUUUGUAGGGCUGGAAGGGAUCUGGUCAUUUUGUCAACUUCCUAGUAAAACAACACUUGAAGUAGCCCACACAGCCUAAGUAUCCAUCCCACAUUUAAAGAUGGCUAAGACUAAAGUCCCUUCGUCAGUAUCAUUGUUAAAGCAUGUCUGCAUGUCACCUGCCCCAGAGGGCUGAAAUGACUCCACACAAACUGGUUUGAAAAGAAAUCUAAACUAAUUAAAUGUAAUAAAAUAGCUGGUUAUUUAAAAUGGCAGAGUAAAGAAGUGGUGGUUUGAUGGAAUUCAAUUUUUUCAUUUAUUUAUUUUUCUUACUCAUAAGAUUGUAGAUCUAAAGACAUCAAGGGAACUUAUAGAUUAUUUAAUUCAGUCCUCUCAUUUUAUAGACAAGGCACACAAGUUCAUCUAAAGUUGCUUGCCUGAGCCAGGAUUUGAACCUGUUCUUUCCAAAUUAAUGUGAAGAUCAUUACUAUAUGCAUAGAUUCCUUUAACUAUAUUGGCUCACUUUUAAACAAGACAAAUUAAUAGCUGAAUAUGGAAAAACAACUUGCCUUUUAACUCUUUUUGAAAGACUCAUUUGAUUGUUAGCAAAAAAAAAAUAUUUUUAGUCAAGCCAAUCAAAAGAGUCAUAUUAUUAUUAUUUGGGGGAGUAGUGAGGGGACUCAGAAAACAACCUAAGUGUCUCUAUAAAGUUGCUUCAUUAAUGUUCAGUCUUUUAAAAUAUUUUUAAUUUUUUAUUAUGAACUUGGCAAACAUUAACCAACAUGAAUAUUUAAAUAUACAGAGGACAUCAAAGAAAGAUUGCUUAUGUAUGAAACUGAACUUCUGUUACACAGUUUCUUUAAAGUAUUAAAUUCAACAUGAUGAAAUUGACUUGCUUAUCUAUGUUACCUUUCUAUUUCUCCUAUUUUUCUAUGUAUUUUAUUCAUUA